AUGUCAGCUCCAUCUACAUCUUCCAGCACCACUUCCGUCGCCACCGCCAAGAAGCCAAUUUUCGACGAGCUGGCCUCACUCCGGCCUUUGUACUCGGAUUCGGAAGGCAGCACGGAUUCCAAUUGUUCAACUGGGACCUCAACGGAUGCUUCAACAAGCUCAUCGAAGUCGUCAACGGCCUAUUCCGGCAUUCCAGUCAAUCGAAAACGGCUGCGAAGGUCGCCCGAAUUCGAAAAAGUCCACAAUUCUCUGGACCAAAUGGAAAGGGAACUGGAAGUCGUCAAAGUGAAGAUGUUGAGUUGCCGAAGUGCCCAUCAAAGAGCGAUGAUAAAUUCACAAGUGGAGAGGAUUUUGGAGAAGUGCCAAGAAAUGCAAGAGGAGGUCAGCCGGAAGAGGAAAAAUGUGAAUUAA